GAGCAGCACGCUUCUCUCUUUCUUUCUCUCAAUCGGAGCUACUGCUCCUCUUCUCCGGCGACCAGUAACACCCUCAUUCUCUCUCCCUCCUCAGUCCUCGAAGCCCCAAUCUCUCAUCCUCUCAGCGCCGCACCACACUUCUCUUCCCCAUCUUUCUUUUUCCUUCCCGUGGAGCUUCUGCUCAGGCCAGGUGGCCCUGCUCCGGUGACAGACCACCCAAAUCCACCAAAGAUUUGGCAUCCUUGCCCUCAUUACACAUUUGUGCAGAUUAAGCGUUCAAUGGAAGGCCAAGCAGAGAAAGCGUUGAACGAAACUCCAAAAUCUGAAUCCGUAAAUAGAGCAAAGAAGUUGGUUCAUCGACGAAUGUUGGUGGGGAUCAAAGAUGGGAGAUUUUUAUUGGGAAAUUUUCACUGUAUGGACAAACAAGGCAACAUCAUCCUCCAAGACUCCGUCGAGUACAGGAGCACCCGACGUUCGUCUCCCUCGCCCAUGGAACAGCGUUGUCUCGGUUUAAUUCUUAUACCUUUUUCUUCUCGUUCAUCCUGUCACGUAGAUUGCUCUAUUGAAGAACACAUGGCUCUCCUCGCUGUUUAGGUUGUUUCUUUCUUUCUUUCUUUUGGGGGUAGAAAGAAGUAUCUGAUAUCUGGGUUUGGAUGCUUUUGGGAAGUAGUUAAGGGAAAAAUGAAAUAAUUGAUAUACUUCUUUAUGGAAUUUUUUUCUGUUUAUGAAUAUCUGUGAUUAUCAUUAUCAUGACCUUUAACA